GAUAAUGAUAACAAUGUACUUUUAAUCGAUUGAUAUAUUUAUUUACUUAGUCUUUGUCUUUGUGUAGUCGGUUAAUUAAUUUAUUUAUUUUUAAAUUGAUAGGUAAUAAGUGACAAGUAACGAGUAAUAAGUGAUACUAAUCUAGGAUAUCAGAUUUGAAAAAUAACUUGAGGGUAUUUUUGAAUUUGAAAAUUAAAUUUGCGCAUACAAGUUAACCUUGGAAACUAAAAUAAAUAUGAGUUAAUAAUGUGAUGAUAAUGAGUAGCGAAAUAAUAAAAAUUUAAUUAAAACAAAGCGGUGUUUUAUUUUCAAGUUUUUAAAUAAAAUAAUGAGUGAAGGCUGUCCUAAUUGUGGACAAUUAACGAAUGCUUCAUGUUCACGUUUAAUUGAAGAUACCUGUGGUCAUAAGAAAUGUCGGAUUUGUUUAUUGUAUGAAGAACAAGGUUGUAAAAUUUGCGAGAAAGAGCAAUUGGUACCGUCAAUUAUUGAUUGUCAAUAUGAUGAAAAAAUAUGUAAAAGUCCGUCAAUUAUUUUGGACAUUUCAAAUUCAAAUUCCACAAAAUUAAUAAAACGUCACACCAAUAACGAUGAUCCUGACCAGUGUGAUAAAUAUACCGACAUUACCAUCAAUAUAUCACCUGAAAGUGUUAACGCGCAAGAAGAAAAGUUAUCAAACAUCGAAGGUAAAAUACUAAAUAAUUUAAACUCAGAUUUACUGGCCAGUGAAAAAAAUUCCGAUGCCCACAUCGGGGAUAAUAAUUUUCUCAACUCCGAUACAGCGACAGUCGGGGAAACAAAAUCCAAUACCGAUAAGAAUAAAAAAUCAAAGCAAAAAAAAUUAGACCGUAGUCACAUAAUAAUAAUACCUGGUAAUCCCGAGCAGUACAAAUGCAACAUCUGCAACAAAAUAUUCCGUAACAAAAAGGGUAAAUGUUAUCACGACGUCUGCAUAACUGGAAUACGUCCCUACAAAUGUAAAAUAUGCGAUCGUACCUUUGUUAAAAAGUCACACUACGAGUACCAUGAGCGGGUUCACACGGGAUACAAACCGUUCAAGUGCAGCCUCUGCGACAAAGCAUUUCCCCAGAAAAAUAAAUUGAAUAGACAUAUGCUCACCCACAGUACAGAGAAACAAUUUGUCUGCCCAAAAUGCGACAAGAGGUACAGCAAGAAAGACAAUUUAAAAAUUCACAUGAUGGUCCACAGCGGAACGCUUCCAUACUCAUGCGACUCCUGCGGUAAAUCAUUCAGAUUACGCGCUAAUUUAAACCGUCAUAUAUUUAUCCACUCCAGCGAACGACCGUAUAAGUGUGAAUUUUGUGAAAAAAGUUUCAAAGAUAAAUCUCUUUUGUCUCGACACAGACGCACGCACUCAAAAGAAAGACCUUACUCUUGCGCCCAUUGCUCUAGAGUUUUUCUGUCUAAAAGUGAAUUGCGCAGACACUUGACCAUUCACACUGACGUAAAACCUUUUAAUUGUAAUAUUUGUAAUACCGUUUUCCGACGUAAAGAUAAUUUGAAUCGUCAUGUCCGUCAUCAUCAUUCUGAAGAUCCUUCGGCUCCCGGUGUCGCGGCGGCGGUUUCACCCAAAGAAAAAGUUAAAGUUAAAAAGAAAGCAAAUAAAAGCCGAGAGAAGGGUAAAAGUAAAAGUGUAUUGAAGAAUAAAGAAGACGAGCGUAAUGAAAUAAUAAAUAAUAUAAACACUGUGCAGAAUAUAAUAUCAAGAUGUGACGCUCGAGGUAACAUUUACCCGGUAAUUAGAGCUACAGGGGAAUUAAGUAAUGCGGUGUCUGUAAUUAAUGGCCCGAUAAGUAAAUUAAGGGCAGAGGACAAGGGUAAAAUUUUAGGGGAAAAGAAGAAAGUUUUGACUUACACGGAGCCUAUUUCCUCGGCAGAGGCGAUUGUUAUUAAUCAGAGGAUUGAAGAAAAAUUGUACAGCAUAAAUCAAAGCCCGGGUACUUGUUAUUAUCGUGAUUGUAAUUCUAGUCGUAUUAAUGACGCGUCACAUGUUGGCAUGGCCAUGGGCUUGGGUAUGUCGGUCUUGCCUCCAUUGAGACAUAAUUCACCGAUUCGCGCUGUCCCGAGAUACGAAAAGCGGCUGGAUGGUAAUUUUUCACCGCCGAAGAGUACAAGUUUUAUUGAAUUGAAAAGUACAGCCGAUUGUAAGACUAAGGGCAAGAGUGAGUGUCAUCCCGGUGAAAGGAAGAGUAAUAUUAAUGAUAGAGAAGGUGCUUUUGGGGAUGGUUUUGCUGAGAGGGCCAAUUGCGUGUCGACUAUUCAGAAAAAUGUUGGGGUUGGAGUUGAAGUUGAAGGUAACAAAGAACCCAAGGGGUUUGAAACUCACUGGAGACGCAGGACUUUGGAAAAUUUAAAGCCGCAUAUUAACUUCAACUAGACUAGAUAUUUAUUUUAAAUAAAUUUUUUUUUAAUUUUGUUAUCGAUUUAUUAAUCGGUAUUUUUAUAUAAAUUAUUUUUAACAGAAUUGAGGAGGUUCGAGCGAAAUUAGUGAGUCAAAAGUGACGGAUUUUUUUUUAAAUUAAUUUUCUGAAGAGUCACAAAAAUUAAUUAUUUUAAUUUAUAAUAACAAUUAAUUUAUAAAUUAAUAAUUAUUUUUUUUUUUUAAUGAAAUGACUUCGAUAUUUUUGACUUAUGCUUUUAUAAAAAUAUGUAAUAUCGAUAUUUAAAUUAAAGCGGGAAAUAGCAUAUUAUAUACCCAGGGAGGAAAGUAGGACAUUUUAACCCGUGUCUCUUGAGCUGUCCUCCAUUUCUGAUUUGGCUUAAAUAAUUAGAGCCUCACAGCUCAGAAAGUAGAAAAUUCAUCAGGGACUGAACAAGUGGAUAAUAGUUUGUUGGAAACCCGAAGAUAACAAGUGGAGGAAGCCCUUUACAUGGGGUAUGGGGAGAAGUUGCGUCCCACCUUAUCCAUAAGCAAUUAUGUUGACCACCGCUGGGAGACUGGUACCACGGGGGCCUUUCCAAGCCCACUUUUUAUUAUACCUCCGGUUAAUGUCCAGCUUAGUCGUCACUCGAUUAUAUUUUUCGACUAAGAGUGUCGAACAACUCUACUUACGAAGAAUUGCUAUUUUAUCGAUAGGCUAAAAUACGUAGAGUUAAACCUGAAUAAAAAAAACUGCAAGUAGAGUUGAAGCUGAGUAAAGUUGUGAGUGAGUAGAGUUGUAGCUACUGGUUCCACCAUAAUAUCUCUCCAGACGAAAUCUCCCCACGACAAAAUUUCCCCAUAAGAAAAUCUCUUCAGGACAAAAUUUCCCAAGAACAAAAUCUGUUAAACACGAUCUCUAUAAACGAGAUCUUAUACUAAUCUAUGUAAUUAUAAUGAUUUCUACACUUACGACUGGAAUUGACUGGAAUGUUUUACACAUAUAUGUAUGAGAUCAUGCCCGUGUAAAAAAAAUUUUUAUUCAUAAUGAAUUUAGAUCUGAAUUUCAUGACGAAACUCAGAUCGUCAUACAAAUAUGACAUUUAUCAUGAAUUUACUCCAACUUUUCGCCUAGUAAAUCGGUAUUAAUUAUAAAAUUAAUUAAUUACGUCUUUGAAUUGGACUUGGGAUGACUUCGAUAGAAACUUAACUGAUUUUUUUACUGAAUUAAACCUUUUGUCAAAUUUAUCGAUUCAGAAAUCACCAAUAAACUUCUUCUAUCAAGUACUUGAUUUACGUAAAUCAGUUUCGAUCGUAAAUAAAAAUUAAUUUAGUAAAUGAACUUCGGAUCACUUGGAUUUAAAUUUUACUGUCAUAAUUUUGACAUGAUUAAAGUUCUUGAUACAAAUUCAUGAUGAAAGUCAUAUUUGUGUCACGAUCUGAGUUUCGAGAUUAAAUUUACAUCUAAAUUCAUUAUGAACGAUAAUUUUUUUACACGGGUGGAAAAUUUCCAGUCCAAAUUUGACAUCAUCGUCAAUUGCAAGAACUUGACGUAAACUUACUGUGAAAUUAAUCAAAAUCACUGAACGUCAAAUUUUUGAAGUAUAGUACCCAGGUGAAAAAAUAUUAUAAUGUCAUUAUAAUACGUGUCAAAAAUAUUUAUUUUUCCGAAAUUUCCCAUCAAAAAUACCAAAAACUCUGCGUUAAGAUAAUUAGGUUUGAGCUGGAAACAGUCAAAACGAGAAAAGUCAUGAAAAAAUAUUUUGGCGCAGUGUUCCCGAAUCGUUGUACAAUUUUUUUGUGAAAUUUGAGUACACCUCCUUUGAUUUAAUCGUUUAAGUAAAGCUUAUGGAAAAAACGUCUUAGUACUGAGUUCCUGAUCCUUCAGAAAAUUUUAUUUUAAAGUUAUCAAUUGACCUUUCUCGCUAUGACUGUUUCCAGCUCAAACCUACACAGAAAAAACAGAUAUCUUGAGUCAAGAAAAUAUUUUUGAACACAAACGUUUUCGGGAACCAAGUCAAGA